AUGUUCGACGCCAAAGAUAGAACGACUCCUUUAUUAGACGUUGUCUUUGAAUCAGGCCGGGGCGUGGCCCAAUACCACACCUCGGUUCUGUUCCAAGCCCUAAAUGCCGAGGAAAAUUACCUCAGAAUCGACGUCGAUGAUUUGGACGAAGCCGAUGUCUCCAUGGAUCUUUCAACGGAUGCGAACUUGAAAAAUCUUGAGAAGAUCGGACAGAAUUUACUCAACAGCGAGGUUAAACGUAUGAACCUGGACACUUUUAAAUAUGAACCUAUUGAGGGGAGCAAAAGAACCUAUAAAGACGAACUCAUCAGGUUUGCACAAGAUCUCUCUGAAGAGUUGAAAAAGCGCAAGGCCAACAUGAUGGUUCAUCAAACUGACUGA